AUGACCGUCCAGGAGACCCAUUGGUCUUUCACCAGUGAAUGGCAAUCCCAAGGUCACUGGCUUAUCCACAGUUCCCUUGAGAAGCCCACCCGCAGUGCCGGCAUCCUACAAAUUCUACGUCAGGACUUUGUGAGCACGCAACAGGUGAGAACAGCACAUGUGGUCCCAGGCCGACUGGUCCACACGCGCCUGGCCACUGAGCCGAUUUCGCUCAUAACUGUCUACCAGCACUGUUGGUCCACCAACUCGACCCAAACCCCCACUCAGGACAAGCUCCUAGAGGUCAGAGAACAGCUGUGGACUCAGCUCCACCGCCUCGUAGGCAGCAUUGCUCAGCGUCACCAGCUGGUGAUAGCAGGCGACUUCAACACGCCCUGCUUAGCACUGGAGGACCGGCCCCACCUGGUACGAGCGGCUGUCAGAUUGGACCGGAGUGCCCCGACACAGAAGGACCACGGGCGUCUGCAGAGCCUCUUGCGGGAUCACUCCCUGGCUGCGGUGAGCAGCUUCGGCAGGACCGCUGCUGCUGCCACGUACCUCUCCGGGUCAGGCCCUAAGACAAUCAAGACAAGAAUUGAUUUCAUUCUCUGCCGGGCCCAUCAAUCUGAUAGAAUCACCAAAACUGCCAGGCCACUUCAACAUGUUCCAUUCGUCCCCACAACUGGCAAUCGUCAUCUCCCACUGACUGCUACCAUGCCUUGGCCGCACCGCCGACUUCUUCCUAGAAACACCCCGGGGCCAAAGAAAUGGACCCUCACUGCGAUCAAUACCGUGCUGGGACAGUGCCCGGAGCUCUCUCAGAAAUACAGCCAUGUCGUCGAGUGCCGCCUCAAACUCCAUCCGUGCCGGCCGGGGGAGGACCCAUGUGACCACCUGAAUGCGCAUCUUACAAGGGCCUGGGAGGAUGUGGUGGAAACACUCGGCAUCCAGCUCGACCACCCACGACCAGAGGUCGCAGAACCCUCCCUCCCGGAAACGAGUAUUAAACAACUCUGGCACCUCAAGCACCUCCUUAAACAACAACCGACCACCACAUUUGCCCAGAGAUCCCAAGCACUCCAACUCCGCCAAUCGGUUCGCAACCUUCAGAACGAGCUCAGGAAAAGGAGCCGACAACGAAAGCAGGAGCGUGUGGAUUCCAUCUUGCAACAGGCCGAAAGCACUGCCUCGCCUUCCUCCCUGUACAGGGCGGUCCGCCUCCUGGCCCCCAAACAGAGGCACUGCCGCAUCCAACUCAGAGACGCUGAGGGACAACUCAUGUCCCCCACUGGCGAGUUACAGGCAAUUGCGGCUCAUUUCAGAUCCAUCUACGGGCAGCGAACCACUGCCCUGCAGGCCCCAGUCCCGCAAUCUGCGCUCUCCUUUGACCCACUUGAAGUGCAGCAAGCCCUCGCCAGGCUGCCUGCCAGUAAGGCACUUCCACCGGAGUACGCUCCGGCAGGAGAAACUCCACAGACCAUUGCAGGCGGCCUCUCGCUAAGCCUAGAUAUUGAUAAGGCCUUCGAUUCGCUGCCCCGAGACCAGCUGGUGCUGGCAAUGCAGGAAGCGGCCCUCACCUCUGAGGAAAUAGCUCUGGCCGUGCACAUCCAUGAAGCGGCAAGGCUACAUUUCCAAAUCUCAGACCAGGAAACGGACCUGCCCUUACAGCAGGGUAUCCGGCAAGGGUGCGGCUUAUCGCCAUUGCUUUGGUCCCUGGCGACAUCCAGACUCUAUCAGGUCUACCUCCGCACGACGCAAGAGCGCCGCGAGCCGGCGGGGGAGCCCACAUUAUAUGCUGAUGACGUGUGGACUUCGUGGCUGAUACACUCACAGGAGCAAUUCAAAGCUAGCUUGCGUGCUGCAGGAACUCUCAUCCAGAUUCUCGAAGAGGCUGGAUUACGAGUUUCCCCCACCAAAACCGUCAUGCUUUAUGCUCUUCAGGGCACCGCUGCGCGCAGCACCUUGAAGGCCAAGCUUACCAAACUUGACACGGGUUGUCCAGACCCACACCUACCUUGGGGCGAAGGAUGGCAAACAUACUGGCGCCUUAGCAAGGUGCUGGAGCAGAUGACGCAACGACAUCUGCAGAAGACGCCCUGUUUCCCCACACCUGCAUUGGAGGCUGUCCGGCUCCAUGUUUCCAAGUCCCACCAAUUGCAGGUACGACAAGCAGGACCCACAGAAGCGAUCACCUCGACGUCCGAGGCCAAGCCUGAGCCUGCACUGCAGCUGGCUACAUCUCCGGCUGGCACACAGGAUCCUGCGCAAAAGCACCUCUUCCUCGUCCCUUCUCCGGAACAGCAUGUGCCGUUCCCGGCUGAUGAACGUGGCCGCUUCCUAUGGCUCCACGGAAGGGAGGGUCUUAGCCAAUGCCGGCAUUGCUUGCGUAAAUGUAACACUUGGUACGAUCUCAGGGUGCAUAUUACGACGAAGGCAUGCAGCGUCCUGGCCCCGGAUGGAUACACAGAGCUCCCAGCCAAGCUCAACCUGAAUCCAAGGCCGCUUUUCCACCAGCCUGAGCUUCAGUUGAUGCUAGCCGAAGACUGGGAGCGUGUUGCCUCGUGGAUAAAGCUACACCGCCCACAAGCCCAGCAUUAUUGUCCGUUCUGCCAUCAGUGGUUGCUGCAACCACGUGGACUCCGCGGUACACCGAAUGCAGGAUCACCGCAGACUUUUAGCCUUAGGUACCUGACUCACAGUCGAUCCUUCCUGCUACCGAUGGCGAUCCUCCAGCCCGAGCCCAUCAACCCGGAGGACCUUCACGAAGCCACCAAGGAGCUGGAUGCCAUCAACGCGCAGAUGAAACUGGUCGACCAGAGAAAAUUGACGGUGGCCACUCCUCUGGGCCGGGCGUCGAUGCCGAUGAGCCCACUACCGGCACCGGAGGGGGAGCUGGGGCAGGGAGCAAUGCCCAUGCUGGGAGUCAGCAACUCAGACAACAACCAAGAGGAGCGCCCAGCCAAGUGGCAACGCGAGAACUUCAAGGGUGGCACCAGCCAAGGCAAGGGCAAAGGCCACUCGGGCCGCGGAUCCCAGAUGGUGCAAGCCCCUCAACAGUCGCAAAAUCGACAACCCGCUCCCACGCGCCGGUACGGCAGGCCACAGCCUCCCCAGCAGCCACCCCGAUCCUGGGGGCGUCAGGGAUACGCGCCUUCUUCCGAGUCUGAGAUCCAGCAUCUCCAAUCCAUGUGCCACACCAUGGCACGCCUCCUCAUGAGGCACGAAGAUGCCCUCUCGAUACUCCAACAGUCCACCACGUGGGUUCUCUUCCUGACGACACAACAACCACGCACGAUCAUCCCGGAGCUCUACAGCACUGCCCAGGCUUGGUACGACCUCAAGCAGAACAAUGCCGAGUCCAUCACACUUCCCAUGCGCACCAUCCUCUGGCAGAAGCUCAUGUCGAUGCUGGCGCAGAGGGCCCAAAAGGUGUUGGACGAUCAAGAAGCCCAAGCGCAGGCAGAAGACCUCGACCUCUACGACCCCAAUCAUGGCUUCAAGUACCAGAAGUGGGACAACAAGGAGGGUGCCAUGAAGAUGAUUCCGGGCAAGGACCCACUCCCGGCCAAAAGGAUCGUGGAGAUAGCGAAAGAGCUAUCGGUGCUGAGUACUGGGCCGGGAACCGAUAAGGCCAUGCGAGCAUGGCGAAACCCGGCCCGUCAACAGGACGCGGCGGACUUUCUCUUGGAUGAAGGCGGCGUCUGCCCGCUUAUUCUUUCCGGCAUACAUGACGCAGCCACAGAGUCGGGCAUUGCUACAAAGCUGCAUCAUCGCAUAAAGGCCGAACCUGACAUCCUCCUUCCGCAGUGGACUCCCACUGGCAUCCUCUGGCGAACUUAUCAGCUGCAUGCGAUGAUUCAGCAUAUAGGGGACUCCGCUACCACUGGCCACUACCGAGCUGCCCUGCAGCCAGCCACAUCCUCCCGUCCUCCCGAUGAAUCCUGGUUCCACACUGACGAUAACCAGGAGGCUCAACGAGUCAACAUUGAUGCCCUCGAGACAACCAGCUAUAUCCUCUUCUACAAAAUCCGGCAUGCGGAGGAUGGAAUAGGCCCAUAG